ACGUGGCUUCAUUGUUUUCCAGUGUAGAAAGUGAAAUUCUAUCCACAAUCCAUUGGCCAAUCAAAAUGUCCUCUCCACCCAAUGCUCCAGUCUCCCUCCAUUUCCACCCCUACAAUAACCAGAAACCAGAAACUCGAAAACAUAUACUAACAGUUAUACUCAGUUUUUGCAUUCUUGGCAAUUCCCACUCCAAUUGAUCUAUAUUCAAAUGGCAGUUUGUAACCUUUAAUGAUACAUGGUCUGAAAGCAAUACCAGCCAUAUCAAACGAUGAACCCUUCCCUUUCUUUAUCUGAAAGAACCCACUGCUUGUCACUUUUCAAGAAACCAGUUUCAGAUUUCUGUAUAUUUUCUUCAAGGAAAAAUGCUUUUCUCAGGGGACAAUUUCAUAUCAGUCACUUUUCAUCUAUUAAGUUGAAUCGGGCACCAAGGAAAUUUGCAGGUCUUGUGGUUUCACCAAGCUGUGUCCUACCAUUAACUGAGGAGAAUGUGGAGAAGGUUUUAGAUGAGGUGCGACCUGGCUUGAUGGCUGAUGGAGGCAAUGUAGUUUUACAUGAGAUAGAUGGUCUUGUUGUAGUAUUAAAGCUGCAAGGAGCAUGUGGAUCAUGUCCAAGUUCUACGAUGACACUUAAGAUGGGAAUUGAAACUCGUUUGCGAGAUAAAAUACCAGAAAUCAUGGCUGUGGAGCAGAUUUUGGACACUGAAACAGGAUUGGAGCUGAAUGAUGAAAAUGUUGAAAAGGUUCUUGCUGAGAUUAGACCAUACCUUGCUGGGACAGGAGGAGGAGUACUUGAACUUGUUCAAAUUGAUGAUUACAUUGUCAAGGUUAGGCUUAGUGGGCCUGCAGCUGGGGUUAUGACUGUCCGUGUUGCUCUGACACAAAAACUGAGAGAUAAGAUACCUGCCAUUGCAGCUGUCCAACUGAUAGAUUGAUAACCAAUUAUGAGAACGAUAAUUCACUGUAAAGGGAAAUAUUUAGCAUUUCAUGGUAAAGCAUUCAUGUUCAAAUGAAGAGUUUGAUUGUAUGAUCAAUUUUUCACCUGGGAAAUGAUUGGUUUCCUGACAGUAUAAAUCCAUUUAUUCUUAUAUCUGAUAUGAGAAAAUAAUUCAUCUUUGAAACA